AUGCAGCAGCCCCAGAACGCGCCGCAGACGAACGCGGAUCCUGCAGAUGUGUUUGUGAGGCGGCGGCGGACGGCUCUCUGGUGUUCAGUGUCUCUGUUUGGACUCUCUGUUCUUGUUCUGGUGGUCGGGCUGCUGUCGGCCACACAGACGGAUAAUGUGGCUGUGUCUGGAUACUAUCCCGGGAUUAUACUGAGUUUUGGAGCGUUCUUGGGUAUCGUUGGUCUGAACCUGGUGGAGAAUCGCAGGCCGAUGUUGGUGGCGUCCAUCAUCUUCAUCAGUCUGGGUGUCGUGUCGUGUUUCCUCUGCGCCAUCAUCGACGGAAUCAUCGCCGCUGAGUUCAUUGACAGAAGGCCACUGAUGGAGGGCCGCUGUGAGUUUUACUCAAGCACUUCUUACGGCUAUGACUACUACACUGAGGUGAGUUCAUCUGAAGAUCAUCCUGCAGGAAUAUAA